AUGGCGACUUUAACGCCAGGUGGCACGUUUUCAGCAGCUGCGAGUGCCACGUCAGCGCGCGUGGUGGUGGGAAUCGAGGGCAUGACGUGUUCGGCGUGUUCGACCGCCGUGGAAACCGCUCUCUCGAGAUUGCCGGGAGUGACGACCGCCGCAGUCGCGCUGCUGCAGAACCAAGCGCAAAUCACGUUCGACCCCGCUAUAGUCAACGAGAACGAGAUAGUCACCGCCGUAGAAGACGCGGGGUUUGACGCGAAAGUAAUAUCCCUGUCACGACCAUCCGCCCGUGCCUUCCCCGCUGCAGCUAACCCAGUUGGCGUUACCUGUGCUUCGUUUGUUGACCCUACCUCAUCGUGUGGCGUAGCAGCGGCAUUAUCAGCGGCGGUGACGGAUUCGGCGCCAUCUGCGACGACGGCGCCUUCCACGUCGGCAGCCUCCGUUCCUGCCACGUCAGCGCGCGUGGUGGUGGGAAUCGAGGGCAUGACGUGUUCGGCGUGUUCGACCGCCGUGGAAACCGCUCUCUCGAGAUUGCCGGGAGUCACGGCCGCCGCCGUCGCGCUGCUGCAGAACCAAGCUCAGAUCACGUUCGACCCCGCUAUAGUCAACGAGAACGAGAUAGUCACCGCCGUAGAAGACGCCGGGUUCGACGCUAGAAUCAUCUCCCUCUCGCGACCCUCACAACCCUCGCGACCGCUGCAAACGGCAGGAACCGAGCCUUUUUCGUCCAACGCUCAUGCGGAUCCGAUUCUGCUUCCGGGAAAUUCGGUCUCGAAUCUGGUCUCGAGUGCGGUCACCCCGUCUGUCGCGAAUCCUCUUCUUGCCUCUUCGCAACCCUUCGAUAUGCCAUCUCAACGGACGCAAUCCGGACAGCCGCUAUCAGCAACAGCAGCAGGAACAGCAGCAGCAGCAGCAGCAGCAGCACCGGCAAUGGGUUCGUUGCAGGAUGACGCAUUAUCCGGGAGCGACAGGCUGAGCGUGACUGUAACGGGGAUGGGCGGCAGGGAUGACGUGGCAGCUGCUGUCGAAGUAGCGGUAUUAACGGUGGCGGGAGUUAGGGAGGUAAGUGUAGAUUCUAGGAGCGGAUGGGUGGAGGUAGAAUACGACCCGGAAAUCACGGGGAUUAGAGACGUGGUGGGAGCUAUAGAGGCGAUUAGUCUGGUGGGGUUAGGGAUGGGUGGGGAAGAGGAAGGGGAGGAGGAGGAUGAUUGGUUGGGGGAGGAUGGGGAGGAGGGAAAGGGGGAGGAGGAAGGUAGUGAGGAGAGGCAAGGGAAAGUUAGUGAGGGAGAUGAAGAGGGAGGGAUGGAGGCGGGAGUGAAGGAGGAGUGUGGGGAAGAGGACGAGGAGAGGGAGAAGCUGGUCGGGCGCGGGAAGAAGCGGGGCCCGUGGGCAGAACGGGCCCAUGCAGUCCUGAAGCUAGUAUCGAGAACUCUUAAAACGGGGACGGCGAGGAAGGAGGGGGAAGGGGGAGGGUUGGGGAGCGAUGGGGGCGCGGAGAAGGACAGCAGGGGACGAGAAGACAGAAGGGAGGAGCGGAGGGCAGAGGGGAGCGGAGGAAAGAAGGCGCGCUCCCAUGGGCUACGUGUUGCCUUGCCGAGUAUGCUUGGAUCCUACCGUCCCGACCGCUCCUCUGAACUUUACUCCCUCACGCGCCAGUUCUCCCUCUCGCUCCUCUUCGCCGUCCCGCUCUUUCUUCUCAACCUCGCCUCCCACUCCCGCCUCCUCUCCCCGCUCCUCUCCCUCCCCUUCCUCCACGUCACCCUCAUCCAAUGGCUGAAGCUCCUCCUCGCCACGCCCGUGCAGUUCCAUCUGGGCCGUCGAUUCUACAUCGCAGGGUUCAGAUCGCUGCGCCACGGCAGCGCGAAUAUGGACGUGCUGGUCGCCCUCGGGACCUCCGCCGCAUAUGGCUACUCCCUGCUGACCCUCGCGGUGCAGAUCGGUUCUGGGCGGUACCUGGGCCACGAUUUCUUCGAAACGUCUGUGAUGCUUAUAGUGUUUAUCCUGGGGGGGAAGUAUCUAGAGGCUGUGGCGAAGGGGAAAACGUCCGAGGCGAUUCAGAAGCUGCUGCAGCUGGCGCCUGCCACGGCCGUCUUGGUGGACGUGAAUGCAGACGGCAAGGUGCUAGCAGAGAGGGAGGUGGACUCGCGCCUGCUGCAGAGGGGCGACGUGCUGCGCGUGCUGCCCGGGGCGAGGGUGCCCACAGACGGUGUGAUUGUAACGGGCACCACCCAUGUGAACGAGUCCAUGCUCACGGGAGAGUCAGCACCGGUGGCCAAGGGGCCGGGGUCCCGCCUUCUGGGCGGCACAGUCAACCUGUCAGCCGGCGUGCUACUGAGGGCCACACAGGUGGGCAGCGAAACCUCUCUGGCGCAGAUAGUGGCGCUGGUAGAAUCAGCUCAACUCAGCAAGGCGCCCAUCCAGAAGUUUGCCGACCGGGUGGCAGCGGUGUUUGUGCCCGUGGUGGUGGUCCUUUCAGCGUGCACGUGGCUUUGCUGGUUCAUGGCUGGGAGCAUGGGGUGCAUUUCAUCCGCCAUGCUUCCCCCGGGGGUAGACUCACAGUUCACCCUCCCGCUCCUCUUUGCUAUAGCUGUACUCGUUAUAGCGUGCCCCUGCGCCCUCGGAUUAGCCACCCCCACGGCAGUCAUGGUCGCAACAGGCGUGGGGGCAGCACAGGGCGUGCUUAUAAAGGGGGGAGAGGCGUUAGAAGCAGCACAUAAAGUCACAUGCGUUGCUUUUGAUAAGACGGGGACGUUGACGGUGGGGAAACCGAGGGUGGUGGCAGUGGUGCCUUAUGUUGGUGAUUCUGGGUGUGCUACUAGCGAGGGGCACUGUGCUACUAACGAGGGGUGUGAUAACGAGGCCAUAUCUCAAGCAGAGCUACUUUCCCUGGCAGCGGCAGCAGAGGCAAAUUCCGAGCACCCGCUCGGGCGGGCGAUUUUGGACUAUGCGCAGCACUAUUUCGUCUUUUCUGGGGAAGGUUUCACUGGGGACGAGAGUACCUCUCCCUCCUCCUGCUCCUCUCUCUCCCCUUCUGCUGCGCCGUCUCUCAAACCUUCCAAGGAUAUGAGCUGGAUGCGAGAAGCAACAGAGUGUGAGGUGCUGGCAGGGAUGGGGAUCCGAUGCAGGGUGGACGGUCAGGUGGUUUUGGUGGGCAGCCGGCACCUGAUGGAACACCUGGGCGUUCAGGUGCCUGCUCAGGUGGAUCUUCUGUUGCAGGCGCAGGAGGAGGAGGCGCGAACAGGUGUCAUCGUGGCACUGGGCGGCAAGGAGGGAGGGGCCGAGGCGGAGGGGAGUGGGAGGGAGGAGGGGAGGGGGAAUGGGAGAGUGAGGGUGGUGGGGAGUGUGGUGAUCAGUGAUCCAGUGAGGAGGGAGGCUGCAGUGGUGGUGGAGGGGUUGAGGCGCAUGGGGGUGCGCGCUGUGAUGAUGACGGGGGACAACCGCCGCACUGCACAUGCCGUGGCCAGACAGUUGGGCAUCCACGAGGUGAUAGCAGAGGUGCUACCGGCCCACAAGGCCGCCGCCAUUCGCUCGCUGCAGAUGGCGCCUCCCCCGAGCAAGACAGUGGUAGCGAUGGUGGGGGAUGGGAUCAACGACGCACCAGCUCUGGCUGCAGCAGACGUGGGCAUCGCUAUUGGUGCCGGCACGGACGUUGCUAUUGAGGCGGCGGAUUUUGUCCUCAUGCGGUCAAAUUUGGAAGAUGUGAUUACUGCGCUGGAUCUCGCGAGGAAGACGUUUUCGAGGAUCAGAUGGAAUUAUGUUUUCGCGAUGGGGUAUAAUGUUGAUUCCGUUGGCGGCCGGGGUGCUGUAUCCGGUGUUUAUGGUGCGGCUGCCGCCCUGGCUGGCCGAAUGGCGGCAGCAGCACCGCUCCUGUCAGCGAGCGCAAUCGCGCCCGAUCGCCUCUCUCCGCGCGCCAAUCUCCCCCCCGCGUCUUCCGCUAACCCCUGCGCCGCCAUUCCCUCCGUCAGCGCUUCGAAUUCCAGCAAAUUUCGCGGCGAGGCGCUCCGCUCUCGGCCGUCUCCCCCUUUCCGCGCUCGCCUGCCCCAUGCGCACGUGCCUGUGCGCGCAGAGGCGGAGGGGGCGGUCGGGGGAAGCGGCGGAACGGCGGAGGCGGAUUGGCGGACGAAGGCGCGGCCAAUCAAGCCUGGCGGGAAUUAUCCUGCCAAGGAGCACUGCAGCCAGUGCGGCCUGUGCGACACGUACUACAUCGCACAUGUGAAGGACGCGUGUGCAUUUCUUGGGGAUGGCAUGGGCAGGAUCGAGCCCAUGGAAGCACGAGUGCACGGCCGGGGCAGGAGGGAGGGAGACGAGGACGAGUUUCACUUCGGGGUGCACCAGGAGAUGCUCUAUGCGCGCCGCACGCCCCCCCUGCCAGGAGCGCAGUGGACGGGCGUGGUGACGGCCAUAGCCGUGGAGAUGCUGAGGACGGGAAAGGUGGAUGCGGUGAUAUGCGUGCAGAGUGACCCAUCAGACCGCUUCGCCCCUCGCCCUGUGCUGGCGAGGACAGAGGAGGAGGUGAUGGCAGCUAGAGGGGUCAAGCCCACGCUCUCUCCCAACCUCAACACCCUCGCUCUUGUGGAGGCAGCAGGGGUGAAGCGGUUGCUCUUCUGUGGAGUGGGCUGCCAGGUGCAGGCACUGAGGGCAGUGGAGCAGCAUUUAGGAUUGGAGAAGCUGUACGUGCUCGGCACCAACUGCGUGGACAACGGUCCGCGCAAGGGCCUGGAGAAGUUCCUGAACGCUGCAAGUGACGAUCCCGAGACAGUGCUGCACUACGAGUUCAUGCAGGACUAUAAGGUGCACAUAAAGCAUCUGGACGGUCGAAUGGAAGAGGUGCCCUAUUUCUGCCUGCCAGCAUCAGACCUUAAAGACGUCAUUGCCCCCUCCUGCUACAGCUGCUUCGACUACACCAAUGGCCUCGCCGACAUGGUGGUGGGGUACAUGGGAGUGCCCAAGCAGCAACGCGUCCCCAUGACGGAUCAUCUGCAGUACAUCACAGUCAGGAACGAGAGGGGAGCGGAGAUGCUGGAUCUGAUUCGGCCACAGCUGCAGGUCACGCCCACAGUCUCCUCGGGAGAUCGCCGCCCGUUUGUGAUGGAGACGGUGAAAGCAGACGACAAGGCAACGGUGGGCACGGAGAGGCUCAACCCCGCUCCCAGGCUCGUGGGCCACAUCAUCGCCUUCCUGCUCAACCUGGUGGGCCCCAAGGGACUGGAGUUUGCACGCUACUCACUGGAUUACCACACCAUACGCAAUUACCUGCACGUGCACCGUGUGUGGGGGAAGGAAAGGGCGGAGCAACACAUUCCCAAGUAUGCUAAAGAGGUGGUCUCACGAUAUAACAAGGACGGAGCUAUUGAUAAGCUGCUGUCUAUGGGAAAGAAAUAG